AUGAAUUUCACUGUGGGGGCCCCCUUUCACGAUUUCUUUGAUAUUGUGGAUACCCCCAACACAGUGGGGGCCCCCAGCUCCUGGGGUUUUGCUGCAGUGCAGCAGCAGCAACCAGCAGCAGCAGCAGCAGCAGCAGCAGCAGCAGCAGCAGCACAAACAGCAGCAAUAAAAGGAAGAACAGCAGCAGAAGGAACAUUCGCGCUGCUUAAGGGCCGCCGCUUCUUUGAUGGGGUCAUUCAUAUGGAUUUCAUUCAACAGCAGCAGCAGCAGCAGCAGCAACAGCAGCAGCAGGAUCAGAAGAAGAAGCAGCAGCAGCAGCAGCAGGAGAAGAAGGAGAAGGAUAUGGUGCGGUGCUGCAGCUGUUUCGUGUUGAGAGCGGAAUUCCUUCGCUUCUGCAGCAGCACCAGCAGCAGCAGCAGCAGCAGCAGCAGCAGCAGCAGCAGCAAAUUUAUAAAGAAGCAGCAACAAACAGAUGGAGAAUAG